AUGCCGGUUAAACGGGUCAGGAUCGUCAAGGGCUCUUGCUGGCCCUGCAAGAAGCGCCGCAUCAAAUGCGACCUCUCCAAGCCAGCCUGUCUACGCUGCGUUUCUUCCGGCGCCACGUGUGACUACAACAGCCGACUGAUACGAUGGAGUUCCCGGCCGAGUCCUCAUAUGCUGUCUCCGUAUAGCAUUCCGCGGAACGACCUGCAUCUGACCGUGUCGAUCGACGUAUGCGAGCGGCGUGCUCUCGACUACUUUCACUGUCGCGUCUGGCCCCUCCUUUCUGCUUCAGAGGAACCUUGCGUCCCCCCAACCCAGGUCGCCUUGGAAUACCGAGUCGUGUUACUUGCCACUUGCGUGCUGUCCGAAUCUCACCGGCUGUUACAAGACGGUAAGCAUGCCCGCGAUGUGCUCUGCAAGAAGCGGGUCGAAUGCCUCUCUGCCGUGCGGGCCGAGAUAGAAGGUUGCUGUGCCGACGCGCAGGGUAAUGAGCCUAUGAUCGGGCUUCUGUUCGCAGUCAUGCUGCUGUACUUCGACGACGGAUAUAUGAGCUGUAUCCUCAACUCAGCAUCGACCUCUAGCCAUUACAGUGGUAUCCUGGCUAUUCUCGAGCGUCUGGGUGGCAUCGACGCCGUGAUACAGACGGCUGCCGAGCCGCUGCACAUGCUGAUCUCGGAAUUUGCGACAACAGAUCUCACAACAUCCAUGAUUCAAGGAAGGCCUCCUUGCUUUGCCCCCGAAGUGUGGGAUCUUCUUGAUCGGGGCCCGGUUUGGUGGGGCCGUGACCCUUUGGGUAGAUGCUCUCUCGCGUCCGUUUUUCGCGAGAUCGCAAGUAUGAGCCAGUACCUGCAGGCAACGGCUGAGAUGACUGAAGAGUUGUCGAUGGAGCGCAUCCACAAAUUCGAAGCUGCCCUCCGCCCCGUAUACGCGCCCCCGUCCCUCGAGGAAUCUGAUGGUCGUAGCCCUUCAGAGUUAUCCGAGUCCUCUUCCGUCAUUGAGGCGGAAGCUACACACGCGUUUACCCUUGUCCGCAUAUUCCAGCACGCCGCCUUGCUGUACCUGUACAGAGCCAUAUGUGGUCUUCCAACUCUUCACCCACUUGUCCAGCAACAUGUCAAGUCCUGCCUUGCCUGUAUCUUCGAAAUUCCCAAGGAGGCGAAGGUCCGCAACUGCAUUAUUUUUCCGUUGUUCGUUGCAGGAGCCCAUGUCAAAUGUCCAGAGGAGCAGAGGUCCGUUCUAGGCAUGGCUGAUGUGGUUUACGACGGAAUGCGCUUUGCUUCGAUUGAGGCCGUGAAGUCCGUCUUCAAAGCGGUCUGGUCGUCCAACUCUGAUACGUCCUGGUUAGAGAUGUUCAGAUAUCUAAGUCCGAACGCUUUAGUGCUCUAA